ACUGCGAAGAGUGGCGCGGCAAUAUGGCGGCCCCCGGAGCUGGCGACCCUGUGGAUGCCAAGAGUGGACAGGCCCCUCUGGCCCAGCGCAUCGACCCGACGCGGGAGAAGCUGACUCCUGCGCAGCUGCAAUUCAUGCGGCAGGUGCAGUUCGCCCAGUGGCAGAAGACUCUGCCACAGCGGCGGGCCCGGAACAUCGUGACCGGCCUGGGCAUCGGGGCCGUGGUGUUGGCUAUUUAUGGUUACACCAUCUACUCAGUGUCCCAGGAGCGUUUCCUAGAUGAGCUGGAGGAUGAGGUCAGAGCUGCUCGAGCCCGAGCUACGGAAAGGGCAUCAGGACCCUGAUCCAGGUGGACAUUGCACAUCUCCAACCUGCUGGAGCCCCGUCACAUGAUGGAUGAUGCCCCAUGACGUUGAAAGCGAGUAGAAGCCUGCUCACAGCAUUGCUGGCCACCUUACCUUGGACAAUUAUUCAGCCCAAGAAGCUAUGGAUUUAUGCAUUUGGCCGUUGUCAAGGGAACAUUGCCCACCUCACAUUCACUGUGUGUGGCAGCUGAGCCCUUCUUGUUGUUUGUUUUUUCUUUUUUGAAAGGUAUCCAACCUUGGCUUUUCCCAGGCUUUCUGACUUGGUGGUUUAUCCCCCCCUCACCUCCCAGGGGCUGGGAGAAAGGAGGACAGGAGGUGGGCUGUUAUGGGAGUGGGUGUGGCAACUCUGUGCAGUAUUGGAGCCUAUGGGAAAGAUGGGGUCAGGCUGAGGAUAAUAAACUGAGUCAUCUCU